AUGUGGGCUGGGGGAUUGACAGCAAAGCAACGAAUCAAUAUUGAAAGAGUCCAAAAGCGAGCGUUACAGAUCAUCUGUCCAAGAGAGAAGUAUGAGAAUGCACUUUUAUCAAAUGAAAUUACCAGAUUGGAAGAACGAAGGAGAGAUCAUUGUAUAAACUUG